AUGCGGGAAGCGGGGGCAUGUUGCCCGGGUGUGCAGAGCAGCGAACAAGUCGUCACCCGCAUCAUCGCCCCGACGGCACCAACGUCCCCGAGCCGCACCGAAAGACGACAGCCGACAGAUGACAGGAAGCCUGUCAUCGGAAGCCACCAUUUUCAGCACAAACAGCAGACAGAAGAUCCACGUCACUCUCUGCCUCGACGGCGCGCCGUGCGAGAUGGAGGUGGAUUCCGGGUCGGCGGGAGGGAUUCGUUCACAGUGGAGUUCAAGGGAAAAAGUGCUGUGUUGUCAUGUUUAAUAGCUGAGGGGAACCGAACCAACCUGCUCGGGUUGGACUGGUUUGACCCUCUGGGUAUUGCUGUUGUGGGAGUUAAUACUGUUGUGGAAAAUAAAUGGGCUGUAUUAUAUUCUGAAUUUCCUGAAGUGUUUGGGGGUGGUUUGGGAAGGUAUAACGGUCCCCCAGUGUCUUUUGACUUGGAUCCUGGUGUUAGGCCUAUCCGCCUUAAAUACAGGAAGGUGCCCAUUCCGUUCAAGGCAAAAAUCGAGGCCGAACUCGAUAAGUUGGUUGAGCAAGGGGUAUUGGAACCAGUGCCUUUUGGCAAAUGGGAAACUCCCAUAGUAACUCCUAUUAAACCUGACGGGUCAAUUCGGAUAUGCGCUGAUUACAAGUGCACCAUUAACAAAGCCUUGCAGCAGCAUUCGUACCCUGUCCCGGUCAUCAGCCACGUUUUGGCGUCACUGGGAGGGGGCAAGAUAUUCGCCAAACUCGACCUAGCCCAGGCAUAUCAACAACUCCCAGUAACAAAGGAGGCGGCUGAAGCUCAAACUAUAGUAACGCACAGAGGGGCGUUCAGAGUGAACCGACUCCAAUUCGGAGUGAAUGUCGCACCGGGGAUUUUCCAAAGUCUCAUGGAGGGGUUACUGAGGGGGGUGCCUGGCACGGUGCCGUAUUUUGAUGAUGUGCUAAUAGCGGGCAAAUCCGAAGAUGAAUUGUUGCACCGAGUUAGGGAGGUGCUCAAGCGUUUUUCCGAUGCGGGGCUUAAGGUAAAAAAGUCCAAAUGCCUGGUGGGGGUCCAUAGUGUUGAAUUCUUGGGAUUCCGGGUGGAUGAGUUCGGGGUCCACCCCACAAACGAUAAGGUAUCCGCAAUACAGCAUGCACCACGGCCACAGGGGAACAAGGAGCUCCAGUCCUUCUUAGGACUCCUUAAUUUUUACCACGCCUUUUUGCCCCAUAAGGCGUCAGUGGCUGCCCCAUUGCAUAACCUCCUGCACAAGGACUCCAAGUGGAAGUGGGGCCCCGAGCAUGAGCGAGCGUUUAAGGGGGUGAAAGAAUUACUGUCAUCAGAUGCUGUGCUGACUCAUUAUGAUGAGAACAAGCUACUGGUGUUGGCUGCUGAUGCGUCCCCAUAUGGGGUGGGGGCGGUUCUGAGCCAUGUUAUGCCGGACGGACGGGAGGCCCCCGUAGCGUUCUAUUCCAGGUCGUUGACAGCAGCAGAGAAAAACUACGCGCAGAUUGAUAAAGAGGCUUUGGCGCUUGUUUCUGCUGUUAAAAAGUUUAAUGACUUUCUGUUUGGAAGGCGUUUCAUUUUGGUAACGGACCACAAGCCCUUGCUAGGGAUCUUUGCCCAGGACCGGCAACUCCCUGAUGUUAUGUCCGCUCGCAUGUUGCGGUGGGCAUUGUUCCUCUCAGCAUAUGAGUUCGACUUGGAACACCGGCCGGGUAAGGCAAUUGGACACGCUGAUGCGCUCAGCCGCUGCCCUCUGCCCGGCCAGGACUUGGACCCUGCUCCUGCUUGCUCAGUUCUGGCUAUUGAGGAACUGCCGGAGGCACCCGUGUCAGUGAAGGACAUUGCUGCUGCGACAGCAAGAGACUCUGUGCUCAGUCGUGUUCUAAACUGGGUGUGGAGGGGGUGGCCGGCAGGGACUUUAGAGCCGGAAUUCAAACCGUAUAAAAUGCGGGAAAACGAGAUGUCCGUAUCCAAGGGCUGUCUACUGUGGGGAAACCGGGUGGUUGUGCCUCAUCGCUGGCGCGAAAAAGUGCUGAAAUCACUUCAUGAGGGCCAUCCCGGUAUGGUACAUAUGAAAGCUCUGGCCCGGGGAUAUGUGUGGUGGCCCGGGUUGGACGCUGACAUUGAGGAGUGGGUUCGGGGGUGCACGCCAUGCCAGCAGGCGAGGGCCGACCCACCAACCGCCUAUCCGCAAAAGUGGGAAUCGGCGGGAAAGCCUUGGUCAAGGCUACACAUCGACCUGGCGGGCCCGGUACAAGGGCAAAUGUUCUUAAUUGUUGUGGACUCAUUUUCAAAAUGGUUGGAAGUGGCGCCAAUGUCUACCACCACUUCCACUGCUGUAAUUAAUGUGUUGCGCCGUCUUUUUGCCACACAUGGGUUGCCUGAUGUUUUAGUGAGCGAUAACGGCGCUCAAUUUGUUUCUGCCGAAUUUGUACAGUUCCUAACUAACAAUGGGAUACGCCAAAUGACUUCUGCCCCGUUCCACCCUGCCUCUAACGGCCAGGCAGAAAGAAUGGUCCGCACGACCAAAGAUGCGCUUGCAAAGCUGACAUCCGGGGACUGGGGAGUGAAACUGGCGUCGUUUCUCCUGCGCCAGCACGUAACUCCAUGUUCGGCUACGGGCCGCAGCCCAGCCGAGUUGUUAAUGGGGCGACGCCUAGCGUCGUUGCUGGAUCGCUUGCAUCCUGACCUCAACGACUUGAGGCCCCAGCAGCAGAGUGUUCCCUCAAAGGUCCGCACUUACGAAUGUGGGGACACGGUCUUUGCGAAGAACUAUGCCGGGGGACAUUCGUGGCUUCCAGCCACAAUUACUGAGGUAGUGGGCUCCCGCAUGUACGUUGUCCAGGUUGCGGACGGGCGACGCUUCCUUGAGCAGAACCUGGUGAGCAACUACGGUAACUGGAGGAUUGCCACCUGA